AUGAGCUGGUAUGACCAGCCAAGCCAUCGUCAAGGUCUGUGUCAAGAAUUUGACAGCGUAGUGAAAGUCAAGUGGCGAGAUCUUAGUAGCUUGAAAAGAUUAUAUAAAAACGAAGAUCUCCUGAAAGUUCUACCUCAGAUCGAGCUCAGCCAGAUUCCUCAGGGUGCCGUUCGAUUAUACUCUAUUGAGCCCACAGAUGAAGAUGCUCAUUUACAUGAUUAUCCCGCGGGCUCCAACAGACCUCAACCUCGAGAGUCUAUCGAGGCGGUUGCAACUUUGCAAGAGGCUUUGUGCAGAUCGAGCGAAAGUGAAAGUUUCGGGGAUGUCAGGAUCGAAUUGUAUUCAGAGCUUACAAACUACAACCCCAAUGAUGCCAGACAGAUGAAGAUGGUGGUACCAAGAGACAAUCCCCUCUACACUAACAUUCAUGCAUUAACCAGAAACAAGAGGUCUGAUGGUCUGAAUUCAUCGAUUUGGCAAUGCAAUACCGUCCAUGUCAAUGAUGACUUCUCAAGGAGUUUGACCGACUGUAUCUCUCAGGUCACUUUCGAUCCUUUACCUAGGGAUGUUACGAAGGAGGUUGCAAACUACCCUUUUGACCUACACUCAAUCGAUAAGAUUUCAGUUCUAGUGUUAUGA